AUGACCGACAAUGAUCCGGUCGUCACCACACCGGAACCAUGCCGAACCGCGGUCGCUUCCAGCACAACCGCAGCUGAGAAGCUCUCCCAAAUCAAGAGAGACGCACAGGACACCUGGAAGGCCAAGCAACACUUCCCAGCGGACCUGACAACACAUGUGGCCUACUACCAAGCCCGAGCCGCCCUACAUCAAAUGCUUAUUGAUGAGCAAGAACAGUUUCGUCAAUACAUCAAAGAAGGCCUCUAUGGAAUCACGGAAGACCAUUUGGCAGGAUUCCAGGACUACGCCCUGACCCUCACAACCCAGUAUCCCGAGAUGCCCCUGGCUGCCGCAAUACCAUCGUUGUCGGUGCGCUCCAACCCGUUCAUGGGGCAUGCCAACACUGAUGCUCCCACGGUGCAACCUAUCCAGGCCGAGGAUGCAUCCAUUUGGGACACCAAGGCGAUCAGCAUCGACGUCAUUCCCGACUUCACCGGCAAUGACGAUGUCUCCAUCGUCACGUUCAUUGAUGCCAUAGACGCGCACAGCCGGAUGUGCAAUUGGAGUGACCAUGCGACAGCGCAAGUCGCCCUGGCAAAAAUGAAAAAGGACCAG